ACAAAAAAUGCAGUAGGGGAUUAGUCUCGCUCACACACGCACUCUCUCAGUCUUUCUCUCUCUUUCUCUCUCACACACAUACACACACACACACACACUCUCUCUCUCUCUCACAUACACACAUACACUCUGUGUGUGUGGGAUUAAGAACAGGGAGAGUACAAAUCAGGGCAACUCGUUCACGUGUUUGUUUUUACACGACACUUUGACACACAUGUGAUGGGAACACGGUCUAAAAUUGUAGUCGAUAUCUAAUCGCACUUAUCCUCUGAUCUGAUCGCUGUCAUCCUCUGAUCUGAUCGCUGUUAUCCUCUCAUCUCAUCCUGUUCAAAAUCAGCGCCAUGGCCGGGGUUCCGCAACUGACUAAAAUCGCACUUUCCCUGAGGUCCACUCCGGAUGAUGGGCCUGUGUUCUUUAAGGUGGACGGGACGAGAUUUGGCCAGAACCGAACCAUAAAAUUGCUCACUGGCACUAAAUAUAAAAUAGAGGUAACCGUCAAGCCCGGCGCGCUCGAGGCUAGAUCUAUGAGUGUUGGUGGGGUCACAUUUCCUUUGGAGCAGAAGUCCAGAGAUCCUCAGGCGGUAGUGUACUCGGCGAUGUAUGACACUGAAGGGGUGGCACACACCAAAAGCGGAGAGCGGCAACCCGUCCAAGUGAGCAUUCACUUUAUGGCAGCUUGCCUCUUUGAGACUACGUGGCAGAUAAAAUUCUACAACCACAACAAGAGAGACCACUGCCAGUGGGGCAACAGCUUCCGCAGCAUCGAGUACGAGUGCAAACCUAAUGAGUCCCACGGCAUGAUGACGAUCAGUAAGGAAACCUUUCUGUAAGACAACGUUUGUGUGAUGCAAAUUAAACCUUGAGGACCAAGAAAGCAAAUUCUGCUUGCCAAUCACAUAACUAGCAAUGAAGUGUAGGUACAUGCACAUAUCUGUUAUAAUCUGUAUCCAUAUAUCGUCCCUAAUAGUAUAUACACAUAUUCAUUAUAAACUAGGUCUCUGUACAAACAGUAUCAUAUGAACAGUUCAUGUCUUCUAGAUCCUCUAUAACAUUACGCCAUUAUGUGGAGAUGCCAUGAUUCUGACUGGGAUUUAGCUGUUUAUAUUAUUUAAGACUUUUAACUAUAUUUGUUGUUAUUUUGAUGUUUGUCCAUUUUGUGUUCUGUGAUCUCUAGACCUGAGACAUAGUGUUUUCAGUCAGAAAGCGAUAAUCAGAGUGGUGUUCAUCCAUAACACAACACAACAGCAUACUAUGCAUGUCAAAUAUUGCACUAAAGCACAUAAUUUCAAACAGAUAAUUGUUAUUGUGCUUAUCAUCAUGUAUAUCAGUGGUUCUAAAACAUUUUCUAGCUCCUUUAACUGUAAAAUAAAUCUUUUCUGGCCUACUCAGUGUGUAUUUUUCCAUGGACAGUAUUUUUAAAAAUAUUUUGCAUCCAUAUUUUGCAUCUUUUCCAGACAUUUCCACUAAUAAACAGUGAGCUGACUUUGGUGCUUGGAGCUCUAAAAAUAAUAUCUGCUGCAACAAAAUUUUAAAAAUAUCACAGAUCCCCAGGCUAUGCCUCGUACACCUCUAAAGGUCCUGAAAUUUAUUUUAAGAAUGACAUGUUAUGCAAAAAAAUGACUUACAGUACAGCAGCAGAGCAGGUUGCAUUGCUGC